CAUGCGGGGUGUCUCAUGGGGUGUCUCUUGUGGGGUGUCUCUUUUGGGGUGUCUCAUGCGGGGUGUCUCUCUCAUCCUGUAGAGGAGCUCAGUCUGUGGAUUCAGAUGUCCUUCAAGCAUUAUGUGUUGGAAGAUACCAAGGAGCAGUUCUCGGAGGUGGAUCGGAAUGGUGACGGGAUCGUCACCUGGGAGGAGUACAACCUGCACAUGUACGAUCGAAUCAUCCAUUACAAUGAGGACACCGUCCUGGAGGAUGACGAGGAGGAAUCCUUCCGUCUGAUCCAUCUGAGGGACAAGAAGAGAUUUGAGCGCGCGGACCGCCAUGAUACCCCGGGAUUGGAUCUGAGGGAGUUUUCAGACUUCGAACAUCCGGAGGAAACCGAUUACAUGACGGAAUUCGUUAUUGAAGGAGCGUUAGAAGAACACGACAAGGACGGCGACGGGUUUGUGAGUCUAGAAGAAUAUCUCGGGGAAUAUUCCCAGGAUCCAGACGCCACAGAAGACCCUCAGUGGGUGAUUGUGGAACGAGAUCGCUUUGAAAAUGACUAUGACAAGGAUGGUGAUGGGAAGCUGAACCCCUCAGAACUUCUGUCUUGGAUCGUCCCGAACAAUGUCGGGGUGUCAGAGGAGGAGGCCGGUCACCUGGUGGAAACCAUAGACAAGGACGGGGACGGGAGACUUUCGGAGGCGGAGAUCCUGCAGAGCCGGGACAUCUUCCUCACCAGCGAAGCCACAGAUUACGGCCGGCAGCUUCAGGACGAACAUUUCUACCACGACGAGCUCUGAUUGGCUGAACUCUUUUCUAUUUAUAGCUCGGUGACUGAACUUUAUAGAUUUUUUGUUUGUUUGUUUUUGAAAUUCCCGGAGAAAAUUUUGGAGGAAUAUUUUCUAUUUUCCUUCCCAAAAGACGAAGGUUACAUCGAAUGUUAGCGGUGUGUAGAAGAUGGCGGCGGUUGUCGCCCGACGGAUUUUGUUACGUAUUUACCUUCAUUUAGAGGAAAGUGGAACUCUGGAAUAA